AGGUGAUAGAAAUAUGGCGGCCCAAGUCUGACGAAAACUAUUAAGAUCUGCCCAUAUUUCGACAGAAAAUACCAAGGACUGUGUGUUGAGGAGCGUUAAGAGACCAGAGAGAGAGAGAGAGCAUCUGGGUUGUGCAGCCAACCGAUGGUCAACAUGGGCAGAACCCCGCUCAAAGAUCAGAAGGAUGGUAAAAAAGACAAACCGGGCAAGAGCACCCCAGCGACCAGUCCCCCACCCGUUAAAGUGCCAGAGGUGUCCUUCACCUGGGAGGAGUAUAUGAAGGAGACCAACUCCACUCCCGCCCCUCCUAACUGCUUCAGACAGUCAAGGAUACCACCGACCAAUGACUUCAAGGCGGGCAUGAAGCUGGAGGCGCGCGACCCGCGGAACUCCACGUCGGUGUGCAUCGCCACGGUGAUGGGCAUGACGGGCACACGUCUCCGGCUGCGUCUGGACGGCAGUGACAACACCAACGACUUCUGGCGCCUGGUGGACUCCUCCGACAUCCAGCCUAUCGGCACCUGCGAGAAGAACGGGGACAUGCUGCAGCCGCCUCUCGGAUUCCGUAUGAAUGCGUCCUCCUGGCCCAUGUUCCUGCUGCGCACCCUCAACGGAGCAGAGAUGGCUCCAGCCACAGCCUUCAAAAAGGAACCGCCCAAACCCAGCCAGAACGGCUUCAGCGCGGGCAUGAAGCUGGAGGCGGUGGACAAGAAGAACCCGCACCUCAUCUGCCCGGCCACCAUCGGCGAGGUGAAGGCCGAGGAGGUCUUCAUCAUGUUCGACGGCUGGCGCGGCGCUUUCGACUACUGGUGCCGCUACGACUCCCGAGACAUCUUCCCCGUGGGCUGGUGCCAGCUGACCAAGCACAGCCUGCAGCCGCCCGGCAACAGCGUGACCCCCAUCAGGCAGCCCAUUCCGUCCUCCUCAUCCCCCUCCAAGCCGUCCCGGCGCUCCAUGACGACCUCUCUGUACCGGCUGCCCAACCCGCUGCCUCCCCUGCCGGUGCGCAAGGGGGUGCGCGGCCGGCGGCCCAAGAGCGAGACCAUCGCCCUUCUCAAGGCCGUAGCGGCGGCCGCAGCAGCUCAGAACGGAGGGCUAGGGAGCCCACAGGAUGGGGACAUCAAGAUCGGCACGGUGGGGACACAGCUGGCCCCCAGGCCACACAAGAAGAGGGGGCCCAAGCCUGGCAGCAAGCGGAAGCCAAAGAUCCUCCACCCGCCCCUCUCCUCAGCCACUGCUGACUCCAGGCUGGCCGGUGGUGCCAUGUCCCAGGAUGGACCCCACCUGGGCUCCGGGCCCUCUGUAGUCUCCACAGUGUGUGUGUACGUCAACAAGCACGGCAACUGCGGCCCGCACCUGGACCGUAAGCAGGUGCAGCGGCUACCGGACCACUUCGGGCCGGGCCCCGUCAACCUGGUCAUGCAGCAGGCCGUGCAGGCCGCCGUGGACUGCGCCUACCAGCCCAAGGUGCUGCUGGGAUGCCUACAGGGGCACGCCGACGGGGAUGAGGUGGUCAAAGUGAGGACGGACGGUGGCACGCGCACGGUGAAGCUGCCGUCGGCCUCCAGCGCUGCGUACGUGCUGCGCUUCCUGGAGAACAUGUGCCGCCACCUGCAGUGUGACAACCUCUUCAGCAGCCAGCCCUUCAACCCCUACGCCACUCCUGCCAACGUCUACGACAGGAGCAAGUCAGUGAAAGAGGAGCUGUCUGAAGCGCCAUCAAUGAACCGGCCAGGCAAGCGCAUCUCCAGGGACUCUCCCCCCUACGCCGCCCCCCUCUCCCCGAAGCUGCUGCGCACCGAGGCCCACCCCUCAGAAGCAGAGACCCUGCCUCAUGAGGAGAAUGGCCUGCUGAAGGAGCAGCGCUUCAUGGACUCCGCCUCCAACUGCAUGACGCCGCGUCCCCAGUCGCUUCCCCGCAGCGCCUCCGAGUACCACGCCCCUCCCCCGCCCAGCAGCCCCUACUACCCCGGCGGAGCUGGCCCGCCCCCCCUCCGCCGACACUCCUCCAACCCUCCCGACCUCGCCGCGCACGCUGCACGCACACACAGACGAGUGGAGGCGGCCAGUUCCACCACGGGUCCGGACCCCCAGCCAGGUGAGGGUGGUGGCCCCCGGGGGUCCCUGAGGAGCCCGUCCAACUGGUCCAUAGAGGAGGUCAUGCAGUUCGUCUGUCACGCAGACCCCACCGCCCUCGCACCGCACGCAGAGCUCUUCAGGAAACACGAGAUCGACGGCAAGGCUCUGAUGCUUCUGAGGAGUGACAUGGUGAUGAAGUACAUGGGCCUGAAGCUGGGCCCCGCCCUCAAGCUCUGCCACCACAUAGAGCGGCUCAAGCAGGGCAAGCACUAAGAGACCACGCCACCCUUCGCCAUACCCUUACCGUACCACCCUGCACCACGCCACCCCGCAUCAUACCCUUACCGUACCGUACCGCCCUGCACAACACCACACGUAUGGACAACGGAGCUCUGCCACCACAUAGAGAUGCUCAAGCAGGGUGAGCACUAGGACACCAUGCCACCUUGCGCCAUACCCUUCCCUACCCUUAUGUACCGUACCGUACCGCACCGCCCUGCACCACACCACGUCGCACCAUACCAUAUCCUACCCUACUGUACCGCCCUGCUACUCAUAACACACACCGACAACAGAGCGCGGCCACCACAUAGAGGCUCUGCACCACACCACCCAACGCUGUAUCCUACCCUACCCUACCAUAGCACCUUGCGACACGCAACACACACGGACAGCAGAGCUCUGCUUAGACUGUAUCCCACAUAGAGAGGCACAAGCAGGGCAACUGCUUGACACGCCCUAGAACCCUGACACACCCGACACACACGGACAACAGAGGCAAUACACAGCGCACACACAUACUAACUGGUGUGUGUGUGUGUGUUCCUUUUGGGGGUACAUGCACGGACAACAGAGGCAAUAGAGACAGAUAGAAACUGUGUGUGUGUGUGUGUGUGUGUGUGUGUGGGUGUGCGCGUGCAUGAAUGACUGUGUGUGUGGGUGCGCUGUUCCUUUUGGGGAACACACACGGACAAGAGAGGCAAUAUACCGCAAUUAGAUAGUGCGGAUGCAAUAGGUUUGGACCUGAGUGGUUUGAGCAAAUGGAAGAGGGAGAGGGUUGUGAGUCUGCGAGCAUGUGUGCGACUGUGAGCCUGUGUCUGACUGGAGUGGUUGAGCAGAGUGAUGGUCUUGGUCUUGAUUCGUGAGCGUGCUCCAUGAUCCCUCUCCCCCAAACUAAAACACGGGAAGCACAAGAAGGAAGAAUGAGGAUGAGCUGGUUGGUGUUGUGAGAGAGCAACGAUGAUGACGAUGAUGAUGAUGAUUGUGUUGGUGAUAUUGGCCCUCGUACACAAGCUGGUAAGGAAGGAAGGAUUAGGAUGAGGUGAUAUGAGUCUGAUAGAGAAGGACAAUUUUGAUGGUGAUGGUGAUGAUGGUGAUGGUGUUGUCCCCAACAAAGAGGAGAAAGGAGAGGCGUUUUAAGAGUGUGAAAUGUGAGGGGGUUCGGUUUUUGCUGUGUGGUCUUGGGAGAUAUAUGGAUCCUCUCUGCGCGUCUUGUCUGUGUGUCUCUGCAGGCCGCCCCUCCCCACAGAGAGGCAGACAAGACAGAUCGACCACAGAGGCAAAGCCCCCCUGUUACCACGGCAACCAGAAUCACAGAAAAACUGCAGUCGUUUGCAGACGAGAGAGAGAGGGAGGGAGAGAGAGAGAGAGAGAGAGAGAGAGAGAGAUGGGGACAAUUAUGGGGAGGGGAUGAAAAGGGGAUAGAUGGAAGGAGACGGGGGGUGGCAGGCAGGCAGGCAGGCGAGGAAGAAAGACUGGAAUAACAAGACUGGCUCUAUCACGGACACAGGGGAGAGUAAUACACAGGGACAGACGUGAAACUAGUCUAAGAUGUGCAAGAACUGGAGGAGGGGGAGGAGAGGAGGAGGAAGAGGAGUGAGAGGAGAAGGAGAGGGAGAGAGACAAGAGUGAGAAGAGAAUCAGGAGGAAGGGUGGAAGAGAUGGCGUGCUGAGGAGGUAUAGAGUUGACAAAGUCGCCAUCUUGACAUGUCUCACUGCCUCUGAUCUGAACCUCAGAUAAGAACUGUAGGCCUUUGGCGCUCAGGAGGAGGAAAACUGUUUGUAUAUGCGGGGGUGUGUGUGUGCACGUGUGUGUAUGUGUGUCCACAUGUGUGUAUGCGUGUGUGCACUCACUAGUGUGUCGCAUGUGUACUGUAUGUAUGUAUAUGUGUAAGUGUGUUUGCUAACAGAAGAGACUGCGUUACCUCAUCGACUGUCACAUCAGAGAGCAGACCGCUAGUACAGAGCCAAGGGCUGGCUCCAAAACCUCCCAAAGGAACAGAAAACGCAUACACACCCAUCCCCCUACUCACACACACACACACACACUCUCUCUAUCUCUCUCUCCACCUCCGCGUGUUUACAUAGCACUGGACAUAAGAUGCACAUCCACUCUGUGAUGGUUCGUUUGUCUUCUGCCGUCAGACCGCUCCGCCAUCAACCAACCAGUGGUGUGUGUAUGUGUGUGUGCGCGCCCCACCACCACACCCCACCCCUCCUCCCAUCAGUCUCCUCUCUCUUCCCUCCUAUCCCCCCCUCCAAAAGAUGGAUGUUUUGUUGUGGAGGAGAAGGAUAGCGUAAAAGCGAAGUUAUUUUGAAUUGAACUCUGCAUCAAGGACACAUUAUAAACGUUUCAGUAAGGAUAAGCAAGCCAAGCCAAGACGUUUGUGGAUGUGCUUGCAACAGCUGUGAGUCUGGGAGUGGAACAUUUCUACGCUGCUUGUACAACGCCUCUUGAAAAGCCUUUUUUUUACACCAAAUAAUAACAAGACCUGACUCUCAACUAACUGAUCAGAUAAAAAGAGAGAGAGAUCCUUUUUUUCUUGAAGACUAGCACACACAAAUACAGAAGGGGUGAAGAUGCAUAUUUGACAGACUAAAUGUUAAUUUGUGUGUUCCUUUUUGGCACACGGUAAACAGGAUUACGGUAAACAUUCCCUUCUACUGGAGAAAAGAAAACCACAUUGAACUUUCACCAUCCAUGAAUGUUGGAAGAACACACCUUUUAUGGGAUGUAUCGAAUUUGCCGUUACCAAUUUUUACCUGAUUUGCUACAACAUGUACUGAUAGCGUGCACCUGGCCGGUGACCAGUUGCAGAUGUUGCUGACGUUUCAUUUGUGACUGAAGUUUUGUCUUUGAAAAAAAACUCUGUUUCUGUGGGACAUCUGUGAUGCCUUUGUCAGAUAUACAAUAUAUAUACAUAUAAUCUAUACAUAUAUUUACAUUUUCUCUUUUUUUAUUAUUCCUCUCCUCUCAAUUGUGAAAAAGAGAAAAAGCUUGUUUAAAAAAAAAAAAUCCGUUGUGGUGACUUGCAUGUGAUUGCUUCCCAUGAAGUAGGAAGUGGGAGAGCGAGAGACUUAAGAACCUCAACAGAAAUGGAAACCUCCUGAGUGUAAGCUACUGUACAGAUCCCUAGGAUGUCUUCAGUCCGUACUAGUGAUGAUCGAUCAUAUCAUGUACAUACAGUAACCAGCGAUGGGCCACCUGGAUUCAUUACGGUAGCUUACAAUCCAGUGCCACUUAUUCAAAAAUGACCUGGUUUUACCUGUCCAAUUCAACCAGGUGAUUGGCUGGCUGAAUGAUUUGAUCACCUGUUUGAAUUGGACAGGUAAAACUAUGUCAUUUUCAAUGUGUGACACUAGGAUUGUCCCUAAUUAAUCCAGUUUGCCCAUCACUGCACAUAAUAACACAGUGAGUCACAACAGGGUAAGCCAGCAAUAGUGAACUCCACAGCUAUAUCCAGACCACCAUUUUUGUUGUUUUCCUGUUUUCUUGUUAAAGUUUCUUACAUUUGCCAUUUGGAUACAGGCUCUCUGAUUCGCUAUACAUGAAAUGCAUUCUGUACGUUGUUUUGUUCCAUUUACUUUCAAGUGUACUGAGAAUGCUUCGUUUUUUUUCCGUUGAGUUUCUUGUUUUCUUUAUUAUAUUAUGUUUUUAAGAUGAUCUGUGGUUUCCAUGAAGAAGCAGCAUCAAUUGAAAUGUCCUGUUCAUGUUACACCAAUAAUGUCCCCCCCCCCCCGAGAGUAUGCUGAGUCAUACAAAAAAUCUUGAAUGUAGCUAGUGUCACAACAUUGUGAAGGACGUGCGGUUGAACGUUGACCUUGUCCUUGGUGUCGGUGUUUGCUGCAUCUACAGAAUGAGAUUGAGGGUUUUUUUCCCUGCAUGUGUGUAAGGAUGAAUCACGUCUCAAAUUACUGCCCCUUGUUCUCCUGAGCACUUGACGAUAGAUGGUGUGUGCUUUUCUUUUUUACUAUUUGCAGCUUGCCUGUGCCCAGAUUUUGCUGCAAAAGGCAUGCAUGUUUGUAUGUUUAUUUUUUUCUUUUUCAUUAAUUUAUUUCUGAAGAGAGCUGUUGAAGACACACACAUAAGUAGAGCUGCUGUAUUCCUACAAGGGCUUCACCCUACAAGAGCUUUUACGCCAAUGGAGAGACUGCAGUCAGAGAGCGUCCAGACCUCUGUUUCAGUAGUGACUUCCCAUACAUGCAGUACAUGCAUACAGUAUACAUACAUACACUGAUGUAAUUGAUAUUGACAAAACAGAUCUCUAUAGUGUUUUAUGGGUUUCACCAUAAAUAUCAGCAACAGGAAUGUACAUUUUGUAGAAAAGAAAUAUUUUAAAGCAUAACGUUAUAUAUGAAAGGGUAGAAAAUGUGAAGUUUAAACUUUAAGGUGAUGGGGUUGGGUUGGGGAUUCGGUUGGGCAGAAGGCUGAGGGGACUGGUUGUUCUAGACAGUGUUUUUCAUACUGCCUUUUAAUACUUUAUAACACCCUUACUUGUAGCUGAGAACAUGGGCCUGCAUACGACUACGUAAAAAAUGCCUUGCUUUACUUCAAGA